AUGAGUUUUCUACACAGGCGGAGCAGGUCUGUGUCGGCCACUCGGCCCCAGACGCCUGCUUCAGCUUCUGCCCAUAUGGCGGCCACUCAGGCAUUCCUUAAUAGCCGAGCCUCGCAGGCCAAUCUGUCCGCUUCCGCCGCCGCCCAAGCCCUGAGAACCAUGUCUCCGCCUCCGACCCCAGUGGACCAGGUCCAAACAAAGCGCAUGAUUCAAAGGCAAGCCUCCUCCGGUUCUCUUUCAAGUUCAGCCCGGGGCCGAGGAAGAGGUGGCUUGCAGAGGCACAAUAGUGCUGGGUCUAUGACUGAGAGGACGUUUAGAACUCCUUCGCCUUCGCCUUCGCGACCUGUCUCGCGCUCGGAACCCCAGGCCCCUCCGCUACCGACCAUCCCGCAACACUUUGCUCCUCCCUCGACCUCACCGUCCACAAAGAAGAAGAAAAAGAGAGCAUCCAGUCAAGAAGCUCCUCCACCUCGCGUGCUCUCACCGCCGCUAGAGCGACCAUCGAACCGUGGCCAGAGUCUUGAUAGGUACGGAUCGCCACAACAGCCGCCACCUAACGUGCAAAGAAACACCAGUGUUCCACAAAGCAAUGAUCUUGAGCGAGUUGACAGCCGGGGAUCCAUCAAUUUUUCGAGACCACUGUCGCCGCGACCCCAAUCUCCAAUCGCGCAAUCCCCAAUGGCACAGUCUCCAGUCCUUGUGAAUGGUGCUCGAUCUCAUUCCAAUGCUGUCGCAAAUGCCAUUACCCCGGCGCAAGCCGCAGACAUUCAGUAUGAACUUGUGCAAACAGCGAAUCAGCCUGUCAAGAAGAAGAAAAAGAGGGUGGUCGACACUGCAGUGGAAGGUAGUCACCUGCAGAGUGGGACAAUGGCGAGCAGGCCAAUCCUCGACCCGUUAGAAUCAAGUCCUGAAUCGCAAACACAAACCAUCCCAGUCCAGCAACUUCCCGCGAGGAGGAAGAAGAAAAAGCCUUCGUUUUCCGGCGAAGGCACUGAUUCUUCUGCUGCCGAGGCAUCGCGGACCGAUUCGGACUCAGACUCGAACGUUGAGCGAAAGCGAGACAGGAGGACGCAGAGGGCCUCGGGGAUUCUACAGAAACAACCAUCUAUUGUUCGGGAGGACUGGGAAGGCGAACAGCAGGAGCAAACCAGUCCACUCUAUGCCCAUCAAACUCCGGAUACCAAUGUGAAUCCUGUCCGAGUGGCGACAACUCCAGCUCAGCCAAAGAGUCCUACGAAUGCAACAGAUGGGCCUGGGAAAAUCGAGUUCGUUCCCUCUCCAUCCGCCUCAAAUCAAUCUCUUCCUCCAGAGACAUAUGAAAAUGCGGCAAUGGAUGGCCGCGAGGAAUCACCAGCCGCAACGAGUCACCUCCAAGUCACGGAACCUCAGCCGGCUCGAGCUACUUCGCUCAGCCCCUCACGAUCCACUCGUUUCUCGGAGAGGUUGUCUUCAGAUCUCGCUGCAGGGCGAAAACACGAACCUCCUCCACGAUCGAUAUCACCUGCUAAACCUGCAUUGAAGCAUCAUUCCCCCACUCCAGCUUUUCCCGGCGGCGAACCUCGUGGCGCUAGUGUUACCCCGAGCGAAUCAUCUGAUAUAUCGAGCGCGUCGUUCGAUGGUCCUCCCAAACGGAAGAAGUCUGUGCGGGUUAGCUUCGAGACUCAGCCAGAAAUUGUUGGUACCAGUGCAAGCGUCCAGAGUCCGGCGGAGAGUCCAGGGAGAGAGAAGAAAGGAUGGCUUGGCUUAGGAAAGGGCAAACCCGUGCUGAACACUUUCUCGUCGAACGAUGACAUGGAAGAGCUGAUGAAGCCACGCCCUCAACUUCCAUCGUUUGGAAGUGUUCGUGGCCAAAAGUUUAGAGACAUGAAUGAUUCCAACACCACGCAAAUGCCAAGGUCACCUCCGGAAACUCGUGCGCCACUCACAGAGGGCAAGAAUACUACCUCCUCAGGGACGUCUUCGGAAACUUCCAGUACUUACACCCCCUAUCCAGCCAGAGGCGUCUCAAGCGACCAUGCUGUUGGAGCUGUAUUGGCUCAAGAGGCUCGAAGGACUUCUGCGCAGGCUUCUGGACCUCGACCCAAUGAGCCUCUCCCGCCCGAGGUGACAUCUGUUGAGGGCACGGUGUCGUUCUCAGAUGAAGAAAAUGACAUUUCGGAGCCUGAGGAGACCACGUCUGCACCUGCUGCUCGUACAGCCCGCGAAUCGGAAGUACAAAUUGGUGCAAAGGCCCUCCCUCCGAGAACAAUCGACCAACCUGUGAAGUCUGUACCUCUCCAGACAGAAGUGCCUCUUGUGUCCGUCUCACCACCUACUCCCGCCGAAGAGCCGAAAUCCAACGACCAAUUUCUGGUGGAAGUUCCAGGAGGCUUUCCCGUGUCUACGGAGGCCUUGGGCAGACUUGAGGAGUCACACAAAGCACCAAACAUCGCGAGCGGACUUCCUGACUUGAAUCCACACUCAGUCACGGAAGCCGUGGACGAAGAAGUGUCGGACAAUGAUAGUAUUUACAGCGACGCGGCAGAAGAUCCGUCGGAAAUGGAAGGCAUGGGAUUUGGUUCCAUUGACGCCAUUGUGGAAAGUCCCAUUGUAACUCCGCUAUCACCUAUUACUUCACCAGAAAGCCCACUUGCGCGAGUAUCAACUUCCGCUUCUCAUGAUGCGCUGGGCGCCGGAUCUUGGGAGGAGACACAGGCUCGGUGGAGUGGCAUCGCAGAGCAGACGAGAUAUUUACCUAGCCAAAACAUCAUUGAAAGUCAACCAGCACCGACAACGACAGUCCACGAUGUGGAGCAGGCGAGCCCAGUCCCAGCUCAGGCAACCGUGCAAACAAGAACACCGGAGGUUCCCAAAACUGUACACAAUAAGAUACCACAACCCGCACAACCUCGACCUACCCGGGCUCCUGCAUCACAGGCCACCAUAUCCCAACCGAGACGCAAAAAGAAAUCGCCUGCUGCAAUUGCUGCCGCAGCAUCUGUGCCGGCAGCGGCGGCAGCGGCUCAAGGAUUACCAGACUCGCCACUGCAAAGGAAGACGCAGCCUUCUCCUUAUCCAGCAAUUGAGGCUCAUAAUCUUGGUUAUGCUGCAGCCGCCGCUGCACCUUUCCGACAGUCAAUGAGGGCCAGCUCUCCUCCAGAGUCUGAACUCGGGUUCCGCAAGACUAUGCGUAACGAGAAUCGCAAUUCAAUGCCAGCUUCAACUGUUGCCCCGCCACAGCAAAGAACGAACCGCUCGUCUAUGCCUAGUCCUCCAAAUCAACCCCGUGUGGCACUCCAGAAGAAGCAUGUCCCUCUAGCCACGGCUGCUGCCACGUCUGCGCCCGCAUCCCGGUCGCAACCUGCUCGGCCGGUUGUGUCCAAUGACAGUGACUCUGAAAGCUCGUUUCGGAAGGCUCGUCGCAGCAAGUCCACUACUGGUGGCAGAUAUACAAUGCGUAGAAGUAUGCGAGGUGCAGGCGAACCAUCUCUGCGGGGGGAUAGACCCAACGGCGUCCGGUCGGUUUCGCCUGUGGGCAGGCGUCCUUUCUCUCCGCCGGAUGGCUCCCACACCAUGAGGACUACUAUGAGAGGAUCGAUCGACAAUGUACCAACACUCCGCGGGUCCACCGACGUCAGAAGAUCAUCUUCCAUGUUUGCUCGCCCACAGACGAAUACUGCCCCUACACUUCGGAUGAGUACAGGUGGGCAGAACAACCGGUCGCGCAUCCUGGACUCAGACGACGAGGACGAUCAACCUCAGCACCGCAAAUGGCGCUCACGUUUCGCCGAUGAUAGUGACGAUGAGUCGGACGUGCCACAGCUUGCUCCGGUGCGCGGCAUUCCUCGCAGAAACAAUGACGAUGAAUCUACAGACCUGGAUGAUAGCUCGGAUGAGGAGCGAGCAGCAGCCAAAGCACAAGCUGCACCCAAACUUGAUAUCCCGCAGGCCGAUACCACUGCAACUCCCAGCAGUGGUGAAGCUUUGUCUCCCAAUAGUGAGAAGAAGCGGGGAAUACUUGGACUGUUUCGCAGCAAGAAGCCAAAGGAGGAGUCCCCUUCGCCCGUGGUCGAAUCCCCGCAAAGACCUUUGAAGACCACAGAUACAAACAAAGCGUCCCGGCUCGGAUUUGCUUCAGCUGCCGAAAGGGACACAGCCAUUGCACAGGCAAGAGCCAAGCUGGAGGCAGCGAAAGAACAACAGAACCCGGGCGGACAACAGCACGGGCAUGCCAAACUGCACCGUCGACACCCGCCUGAGCGAGUCAUGAGUGAUUCUUGGCCGCUGCCUCCAGCUUUGCCAAAUGAAAAUACUCGACCGAGCACCAUGGAUGGGCCACCGAUGCGCAAUGGAACGACCAGGCUGAACCAAGGCAGCAUGCGCAAACCGAAUGAGUUUGCCGAAGCCGUCGGUCGCAGCGGGAAAAAGAAGAAGUUCCCCAUGUUACGCAAAGCCUUUGGGCUGAAAGAUUAA